AUGUUGCCGAAUAACAUUAAACGUUCGAAUCUACUGUCGAAACUGAUUGGCGAAUCAGAAACCAUUCUAAAAAAAUUAAAUCCGACUAGAUGGUCUAGUAGAAUAAAAUCGAUAUCUGCAAUAAAACCUCGUUUUUUAUAUAAUCAGACAUUAUCAGAAAUAGUAUUGAAGAGUUUCAGCAUAGAUAAGAGUAGCGAAACAAAAGGUAUUACAACAAAAUUGCUAAAUUUCGAGUUCGCAUUCUUUUAUGAAUUCAAGCAGCAAAUACUGAAUGGUAUCAAUUACGUAUCCAAAAUUUUACAAGAAUGCCAUAUUGAUUUUGGUGUGGCAAGUAGAGCUUUAGAAGAUCAAAAGAACGUUAAACAACGUUUUGAUGAAAUAGCUUCUAACCACCGAUUUCGAAACAGGGAAGAAAUAUUUAAAGUUACUAUUUUCAAAAACGUACUAGACGCAGUAAAUAGCUCAGUUAAAUUUACAUUUUCCAUGCUUGAGUGCAAUGAAGCAGUUUUACUAGAAAAUUGUGAUCGCUUCCAAAGCAAAUAUUUUGACAUAAUAGGCCCUAAUGGUUUACUCCAGUUUAAGUUUAUUCAUACUUAUCACCUUGUUCUACCUAAACUGACUCCAACAUGGACUGUUCACAAGAUAUGUAUGGAAUUUAUAACUAAUUAUGCAACGCUAGAAUGCGACAUUACCGCAAUUUUGUUAUUCUAUACAAUACCCGUCACUUCUGAAAGAGCCAAUAGAUCAUUCAGCAAAUUAAAAAUAAUCGAAGCUUAUUUAAGGAACGGUAAGGGUCAAACUCAACUCCGACAUUUGGCACUCGUAGUAAUCGAAAACAAAGCCGCAUCAAAUCUAGAGUUAACGAUACUUAUUGAUGAUUAUCUAAAGCUAAAGCCAGAAAAAGACUAA